AUGGAGAAAUAUCAUGGUUUAGAAAAAAUAGGAGAGGGAACAUAUGGGGUAGUUUACAAAGCCCAAAAUAAUUAUGGUGAAACUUUUGCCUUAAAAAAAAUUAGAUUAGAAAAAGAAGAUGAAGGAAUUCCAUCAACAACAAUAAGAGAAAUUAGCAUUUUGAAAGAAUUGAAACAUUCCAACAUAGUGAAGUUGUAUGAUGUCAUACACACAAAGAAAAGAUUAGUUUUAGUUUUUGAGCAUCUUGAUCAAGAUCUUAAGAAACUUCUAGAUGUUUGUGAUGGAGGGCUGGAAUCCGUAACAGCAAAAUCAUUUUUACUUCAGCUUCUAAAUGGCAUAGCUUAUUGUCAUGACCGUCGUGUUUUACACAGAGAUUUGAAGCCCCAGAAUUUAUUAAUAAAUAGAGAGGGAGAAUUAAAAAUUGCCGACUUUGGGCUAGCAAGAGCAUUUGGAAUUCCUGUAAGGAAAUAUACACAUGAAGUAGUAACCUUAUGGUAUCGAGCACCAGAUGUUUUAAUGGGAUCAAAGAAAUAUUCAACUACUAUUGAUAUAUGGAGUGUUGGAUGUAUAUUUGCUGAAAUGGUAAAUGGAACCCCAUUAUUUCCAGGGGUAUCUGAAGCAGACCAAUUAAUGAGAAUAUUUAGAAUUCUAGGAACACCUAAUUCUAAAAAUUGGCCUAAUGUAACUGAACUACCAAAAUAUGAUCCUAAUUUUACCGUAUAUGAACCUUUGCCAUGGGAAUCAUUUUUGAAGGGAUUAGACGAAUCUGGUAUCGACUUGCUUUCAAAAAUGCUAAAGCUUGAUCCAAACCAAAGAAUAACAGCUAGACAAGCUUUAGAACAUGCAUAUUUUAAAGAAAACAAUUAA